AUGUCGAUUCUCUUCACCUUCGGCAUGUCCGUCGUGCCGUUGGCGUUUGUCGGGAGCAACCUCGGCGAGAGCGAUCUCACCGGCGCCUCGGUGGGGUAUUUUAUCAUGUGCAUUCUCGUCAUGUACCCCAUCAUCGGCCUCACCUUCGCGAUGGACACGCUUUGCUCCCAUGAGUACGGGCGAAACCCCGUGAGCACGGAGCUGGGGUUGAUUCUUCAACGAGGCGUCUUAAUCAACCUCCUCCUGCUUAUUCCGCUCUGCUUGCUUCUAUUUAACCUUCACCCUUUGUUGUUAUACCUUUACGGUCCGACCAUCACGCAGACCGCGGAGGCCUUCCUCACCUUCUCCCCGUUGUACAUCUUCCCCAUGAUGAUGCUUAUCGCGAUGACUAAGUUUCUCAACAAUCAGAUGCAGCCGCAGAUUCCCCUGAUCGCGCUCACGACCGGGUUUUUCUUGAUGCCUUUGGUGCAGCUCAAACUCACGCCGUGGGGCGUCACCUACACGAUGGUGGGGAUGGCAAUCACCGCGUGGUUGCAACUCACCGUGGUGUUGGCGAUCACCUUCGCGAAGCCGGAGACGCGCGCGACGUUGGGGGCGUGGCGGAUUUCCGAGGCCCUGGACUGGACGGAUGUGAAGAAGUAUCUGAAAUUAGCCAUCCCGAGCGCGAUUUUUGUCGCCGCGGAGGCCUCCUCGUUCGAUUUUACCGUUUUGUUGUGCGCCCAGAUCAACGCGAUCCAAGGGGCGGCGUGGUCGGGGAUUAUGAACACGUCGUUCAUCUUCGCCUCCUUCGCCGGGGGGCUGAGCACGGCGGCGUGCGCGAAUAUCGGCCGUUGCAUUGGCGCGAACGAGGCGGAGAGCGCGCGGCGGUAUGUGAUUCUCGCCGUCGUGCUCGCCCUCGCGUGCGGGCUGUUGAACUCGGUGGUGCUCGUCGCUUUCUACGAUUUUUUGAUGUCGCUCUAUGGGAUUCAAGGUCCGACGCUGCUGCUGGCGCGCCAGGUGCUCUUUAUCUUGCCAUUUUUCCUCAUCGCCGACUCCAUCCAGUUUACCUUUCAGGGCAUCUUUAGCGGCUUGGGAAAGAACCACUUCGGCGCCGCCAUUUUGCUCGUCAACCUUUGGUGUAUUGGCGUUCCCAUCGCGUUUAUCCUCGGCCAGCAACUCAACUUCCAGAUAGUGGGUAUCUGUCUGGGCAUCACCUUCGGGCUUUGCAUUGAGGCACCCUGCAUGAUCUUUGCCGUUUCCAUCAUUGACUAUCAAGAUAUUUGUGAUAAGUUUGCCGAGUACGACGACGAGGAAGAGGAAAGCGAAGAGGAGGAAGAGGAAUUCGACGAAGAGUACAUUGAGGAGAUGUUGCGUCGCUCGGGUAUUUCAAUCCCCAUCAAUGAAAUGAGUGAGAGUUAUGACUACAAGAGACUUAGACCUCCACGCCAACGAGGUCGGAAGCGCAGCUAUGUAUUUAUGAAUCACAAUGAAGAUGAUGCAUGA